CUGUUUGAGAUCUGAGGUUCGUACUGUGUUUCCAUGUGGGCUGAAAACAACUUGAUCUACGUGUGACGCCAGUAGAGUUUGCAAUAUGCCCGAAAAGCUAACUUCCAGUUUCGACAUCAAUCAUGUUCCAGAUGCGAAGAAUAAUCUUAACUGAAGUCAGAAAUAGAUCUAAUAUUGUUCAUGUCAAACAUUAAACUCGGUCAAACAACGUGCUAUGAUCGCGACGCUGAGUCUUUAGCCCGCUUUUCUUUCGAGAUCAGACCCCGCAGUCAACAAACGUGGGGCCCAAAUUGUAUAUUUUCACACACAUUUGACGCCAUUUUAGCCCCAAACAAUCACCGAUUCAAACCCAUUUGAAGAUUACUUUUAACCAUUUUAACCAUUUACUUCGAAACAUGUUGCCAUAAACCAAAAAGCAAUUUUUGCCUCUUUCUUAACUGCUCGCUUUUAACAACCUUGGCUGAGAGCUGUAAUGAGGGUAAUGAACUAGUUAUUGAAACUAAACUUUCGAAUGGAGUAAAUGAAUAAAUGACUCGAGGGCAGGAAAUAAGUCAGAAGCGAAAGGAAAACUAAAUAACCAGAAAAAAAUCCACAGAGCGAGCUUAUUUAUUACAACUUUGUUUACUUUAGUUAUAUUUUCAAUGUGCUCAAGUUUCCUGAAGUAAGUUGAGUACCUUAUGGAGUCUUAAAAUCGAAUUAAGCGAUAUUUUCAUGGCGUUAAUUUGACCACGAAAACAAAAACUUUGUUUGGAAUAGAAUAGAGCCCAUUUAAACUCAAUUUUCAAUUUCUCUUCACGCUUAGUUAGCCCAGAUCCUUAGAAGGUCAAAAUGUCCAAUGUUUUUACGUUUCGCACAAUUCUGGUGUUAUUUGUAACAAGUUUCGAUCAAAUAAGUUAUCUAUCGAAGUACUAGUUUAAACUAACGCCCGAUGGUUAUUUUAGACUAUAUGUACAUACUUAGCAUACAUACCCUCUGCGACUAGAGGUGUUUAAUGUUAUUUCAGGGGUACUUUAAACUCUCAUGUUCUGACUUCUGAACAUUAUUUUCUUUCUUUCUCGUUUAAUAUUCAAAAGCAUAUCAAUUAUUUCGAGUGCUCUCAAACCACAUUCGAGUGCAUUUAAAUCAGAAGAACUUUAAAUGAGUUAACCAAUAUUGAUCUCGUGCUGAAAUUCUUAAUCGAUUCUUGCAUCUUAUGCCUUUUUUCAUCUCAUAAAUGGUAACUUACCAAAUCUGAGCUUUAUUUGGCUCGAUUUUCAAUCUAAAUUUGUAGAUCAAUUAUCUGUACACAAUAAUGACGUGAAGAAUUUUCAAGCUAAAAAAACGUGUUAAAUGCAAUUUUACGCACGUAAUAUCUCAUCUGUGCUUUUGAGUAAUGCAUAUAUAUUUAAAAGAGCGAAGUUUUGGUUGAUUUUUGUACAGUUUAAGAAUGUAUGAUCAGUUUAAUGGCUUGCAAAAAUUUACUUAAAUAAUGUUUGAAAAUGAGUCCUCGCGAUUUAUACACGGCUGUGACUUACCAAAAUCAGGCUGCCGUUGAAAAAAUCAUUCGCAAACUUCAGGCAAAAUCCCAUCAUGGAAUCGCAAAAAGCCGUAAGCUUUAUUAUCGAGAUGAAAACGGCUUAACGGCGCUUCACAAAGCCGCACUCACAGGACAAUAUGAAGUUUUAAAACUUCUUUUGACCUUUAACCUCGACUUGAACUUAAGCGACGUUACAGGCCAUACCGCUCUUCAUUACGCUGCUUACAGUGGGAUAGACGCCUCAAUAUAUCUUCUAGCGAAGUAUGGGGCUAACAUAAACGCUCAAGAUGAAGAGGGUCAAACUUCCUUACACAUUGCAUCAAGAGACGGCCAUGCGCAUGUGUGUACUGCUCUGCUCAAAUGUGGCGCCCAAUUAUUAAUCCGAGACAAGUCUGGGAAAACAGCGAUAGAAACAGCUGCGGAAUCCGGGAAAGAUCAGGUACUUAAAAUUUGUCUGCAAAAUCCAGAGUCGAAAAAUAUUCUCAACGGUCGCCAGAAGCGGUUCGGCGAAGACGAGAUUUCUCGUUCAGGCUCGAUUACGAGAAAAAGAAGUUCGGCAAACGACGAAUUCGCAAACCUCUCGCCAUUACAACUCGCAAUUCUAAAUGGCCACGCUGACUGCAUACAAACUUUGAUUCAGUUCGGAUGUGAUAUCAACCAAGAAAACUCCUCGGGAACUGCGCUACACGAUGCAGCAUUAAGCGGGAAGUUGAAAAUUGUUCAACUUUUGGUUCAAAACGGUGCUGAUGUUUUCAAGACGAAUCAAAAGGGGGAAACGCCACUGGAUAAAUUGAACAAAUAUGUUAGCCAUGGCGGAUGCGCAGAUGUGAAACAAUACCUCCACGAAUGCAUGACAUCUCUGAAAGCUCGCGUGAUAAAAAAACACGACAUAAUUCCAAACUCCAGUCACUUAAUUUUGAGCGUUGGGGAUAUUGUCACAAUAUUGGAGCAAAACCCUUCUGGUAUUUGGAAGGGUGUCAUCAACAAGAGAAGCGGCUAUUUUCCAAAAGAGUGUGUGGAAAUAAUGCCAAGGUCUCUUGGGAACCCAAAACGAAAACCCUCCAUUUCAGAAUCAACAAAGAGAGUUCAGCCUGAAAGACAUUCGAACCCGCAAAGUCUUAUGGGAACCAAUUAUAUAACAGUUGACGUAAGUUCGCUCGAAGAGCAAAAAAGAAUAAGCUCUGAUUGGAUGCACGAAAGCUUUGGAAGUUCUAAAAAAUUUCCAAAUGUCCCGAGCAGUCUUGAUUUUGAGCGGUUCAAAAUGCCAAUGAAAACAGCAAACUCACAAUCGUCAAAAUUUGAUCAAAACCAGCAGCAUGCUGAGUUUUCCAAUGGCGAUGUGUCGCAUUACGACAAAGCGUCCGAUAGUUGCGAAAUAUUAAAUGAAGAAGCCAACAAAAUAUUAUACUCACUGUCACAUCAUUCUGCUUUUUCGAAGGCCAAUGAAAUUGAAGCUUUGGAGCGACUAUUUCAGGAGGCUGAUUUGAAAAAGUUUCCUAGGGUCUUCAUCGAAUGUGGUUACGACAGUUAUACAGCGGUGCGAAUGUCGAGCGCCGACUUAGCUGCAGUUGGGGUUACGAAUCCAAACCAACGUCGCAGGAUUGUCGAGAUUUUUCAAGUCUUCGGGAACCACAUUCCGGCACCGCGACAGUUCCAUGAAGCUCCGGAAACGGUUUCACAAUUUUUGGAGGGGAUAAAUUUGUCCCAAUAUACAGAUUUAUUUGUGAAAUCUGAAUUUAUCUCCCUUGAAGAACUUUCAAAAGCAACUAUGGAAGAUUUAAUGGAAAUCGGAAUAGACAAGCAAGGACAUCAAAAACGAAUUCUGAUUUAUUUAAAAAUGGUAUUUUCUUCACUUAGAAAAGAACCAGAUUUCAACAGUGAUUUUAUGAGCAUGAGUACUGAUAUGUUUUUGGACUCGCUGUCACCGAGCAACCAGUACGCCAGCAUUGACCUUGAAAGUCCUUCUUACGACAGUUUCGAUUCUCCAGUCAAUGAAAUUCAAUCUCAAUUUGAACCCAUAACCGAGUCAAAUAACUUGUCUAAAGGCAUUUCUGCGAAACGAAAUGACAGAUUUGACGUAGAAGAUGAUUCGGGAAAUUAUACCAUGGAAGAAGACAACAAUAACUCACCGGAUACCAUAAAUGGAAGUACUGAAACGCUCACUAGCAAUGACCAAAUCCAUAUAUCACCACCACAAGCUACGUCAAGGCAAUCAUCAGGUAUUUCGCCAUCAUGUGUGAACAAAUUUCAGCCACUGCAUCUAUCUGUACAAUCAACUGAAGAUAUGCGGAACUCUCCUGAUAUUUUCUCAAAAAUAUCAGUUUACCCAGGUCAUUCUUUGAAGCGAACAGGUGCACCAAAAAUUCCUCAUCAAGGAGGGGUUCACUUGUCGAUCGACCCGGUUACGAAGCAACCAUAUCUUGUAACUCAGGGUCCGGGACAGAGACUCUCACAGCAUCACGGGGUACCCCCAAACAGGGAUAACAAUACUUUGUUCACUCAUCGACAAGAUUCCUUCAUACCACCUUCGCUACCAUCUUUGCGUAACAACCAAAGCACCCCUCUAAAAUUCACUGCCUCGAGAAACGUCCCCGAAAUGGAACAGAAAAAUGGGGGAUUCAAACCCCCGGAAAAAAUGAACCUAAACUCGGCUUCUUUCAAUGAGGCGAUGAAAGGUAUGAAAAUCACACGGACGGAAUCGGUCGGGAGUCUCGAAUCAGAAGAUCCCUAUGUUCAAAUACCUCCUCCACCCCCCUUGAGACUGAAAACUCCUCCCUCAGACGCGCCCUAUUUGUUCAAUCUAGCCAAAAAAGAUUUAAAUGGUCAGAUCAGUAAUUUUACUCCGCAACAACAGUCAUGAAAUAUUUCUAGAUUCGUUUGUUCACCAGGGCUUUAAAAAUACUAAAUUGUUAGUUUUGGAUCAAAGUCUUAAAAAGUUCAACAUUUGCACUUAAUGUAUCAAAUUUAGUUUAAAUCGAAA